GUGACCAUUACCCAACGUGGUUUUCGUUCUCUUCAUCAAAAAAGGAGAAACGCGUUUCUAUAGAAAUUGUAAAAGUUAUUUCAUUUCAUCAAUUUUUAAUAAAAAAAAACGAUUAUUAAAACAUUACAAAAUGGCAAUAAGCUUAAGGGGUCUUUUAAGGAGUAAUUUCAAAUUAUUCAAUGCUAAUAUCCUAUCACCAGUUUCAUAUAAUGUGACUAGAUCAAUCUACAGUCCUGAAGCAUUGUCUAUGGAUAGCUAUAUUAACUCUAGAGCAACUAUUGCCACUCAAUUUCAGACAGUUUCAGAAACUUUUCGUGCAAAAAUGAAUGAAUUUACAAAUGAUGAAAACAAAAGUUUAAUAUUUACCGAGGACUUAAAAGCAAUGUUACAUAUUGUUGAUAAUAAUCCAGAAGACAUUAAUCUUAUGACAAAGAUGCUAGAAAAGUAUAGUGCUCAAAAUAAUGAGUUAAGAUUUGGAAAUUAUGUUUUUGGUCCUGUAGUGAUGAGAACAUAUUAUUACUUAGACAUGCCAGAUUUGGCAUAUGAAAUGUUCAAAAGUAGUAAAAUGAAUGGAUUCUUUGAUCAAUUGACUUCAUAUCAAAUUUUAUUAUGUCUUCUAUAUAAACACAAUAAAUAUGCAGAAGUAAGGGAAGUUUAUGAUAUAAUUAAAAGUAAAAGUACUGCACAAUUAGUACAUCCACAUAAUUCAGUUGUAACAGUAUUAGCCAGUUGUUUUAAAGAGAAUACACCAGAAAGUUUUGAAUAUGCAAUAAAUCUUUGGUCGGAUCUGAAUAGAAAAGGAUAUGAUCCUAGUCGCAAAACUGUAUGUUUAGUCUCUAUGUUAUCAAUUAAGCAAGGAAAACCUGAAUUUGCCCUUGAAUUUAUGUGGAACUUUCCACGAUAUCGGCAUAUUGAUCUCAGAUGUACUAAAUUGGAAGCUCUCAUAGCUCUUAAAAGAUUUUCAGAUAUCUCUCAAUUUUUAUCAAAAUGUUUACAAAAUGAAAAAUUUGACGCCAAACCAUUAACGUUCUUUAAAGAUCCCAUAGAUCAUUUGAUAAAAGCUAUCGAGGAAGAUCCCAGUGGAAAAGAAGAAAUUGCAAAACUAAUAGAUGAAAUGAAAGCACGUAAUCUUGUUCAGGAUUUGACAUUGGAGGACUCAAUACUUUCACCAAUUGAGAAAAAGGAUAGAACUGACAAAGCAGAAAAUGACACAGUAAAAGGUUUCCGACGAAAUUACAAAGAUUUUAAGGCUCGUUCAAGAUUUUCAAUCAGACGUUAAGUUAUUAACUUUUUUUUUUUUUUUUUUUUAAUUAAAGUAGUAUGCAAUUUUUAAACAUAAUUACAUUAAAUUGAGAGAAAAAAAAUAUUUCAUAUUUCAAUAGAAUAUUUCAAAAUGCAUUUAUAUUAAUAUUAUGUUUUCAAAAAAAUAGUCAUUUUUAAUUUGUAAGGAUUAUUGUAAUAAAAUAAAUUUGUUUUUAUUAAAUUGAAUCUUUAUCGAAAAUUA